CCUUAAGUGGCGCCGUCCCGUGAGCGGGACACCUGACUUUACUUCAAUAUUUUGCAUGUAAAUUCUUAUCAAAUCUUAACAAACGUUAUAUUGUAGGAAAGGUCUAAGUCUCUAGAAUACAUAUUUCAGCAGUGUUUUAAAAAAUAAAUUGUGUAGGAAGAGUAAUUAAUUUGUUUAUGAACAGAGUGCACUUAAAAAUAAAUUAUGCUCUGCUAUGUGUCACUGCCCCGCCAGCGGGACGCCUACAUUUACUUCAAUUUUUUGAAUAUAAAUUCUUACCUAAUCACAACAAACUAUAUAUUAUUUGAAAGGUCUAAGACUCUAGAAUACAUAUUUCAUCAGUGUUUUAUAAGAUAAAUUAUGUAGGAAGGGUAAUUGAUUUAUAAAUAACAAAAGUGUGCAUAAGAAAUUGGUACUGCCUGCAGGACUCUUGCAUUUACUUCAGUAUUUUGCUAGUAAAUGCUUUCCUAAUCUUGACAAACUUUAUAUCUUUGGAAAGGUCUAAGACCCUAGAAUACAUAUUUUUUCAGUGUUUUAUAAAAUAAAUUACAUAUGAAGAUUACUUGAUUCAUAAAUGACAAGAGUGUGCAUCAAAAAACUAUCAUAACAAGAGAUGAAAGCUUUGUCACAUAAAGUUGAUACACACUUUUUUCAUUCAAGCUCUGGUUUUCAGGAUGAAAGUAAAAAAAAAAUAUAUAUGUUCAUUUGUAAAAAAAUACACUUAUUUAGUUGCUUUGCAAUAAGCCAUAAUUUUUAGGAGUUGCUAUGUUAGUAGUCCUCUGGUUUCGAAGAGUCCGCCCACAAAGUAUCAUAUCCAGUAAUGCAAAUGCAAGAUAGUCUCAGUAGCCAAACAGAGCCGUUACUAGGGCUCUGACUUCAGCAUCAGUUAGCCAACAAUUGCAUUUUGUUGACAAAACACUAUCCAAUAGAAUGCGCAGCACCUUUUGUUUAUAAACAUGCCCAGCAAUAAGCCAGAACACACAGACUGCAUUCUCAGUCUUCACUCACAAUCAGAAGAUGGCUUUACCAACACCUAAAAAGCGGUACACACUUUUAGAAGUAGUGGAAGAAGUCUGCAAAUCGAGUGAUGAAGAGGAACAUCAUCAAUCCAGCAGUGAUGAGUCUGACAUGCUUUUUCCUGAUAAGGAGAUUUUGGAUUCAACUUCAUAUCAGUAAGUUUUUACAUAUUUUUGCUUCUUAUACAAUCUUUGCUCAUUUUAGUUAGCUUUUAGUGAGUGGAAAUGAAAAUAGAUAGAAUUUCUUGAGUUCACACUUACAAAUAAGUAAUCAGGCAAGUGUGAGGGGUGUGAAUGAGCUGACUACCUAGGCUUCAAGUCAUGCUAGUCACGUGGACACACUGAUUGUUGACUGCUGAUCACAAUUAGAUGAUGGUUUGGUAGAUUUAUUUGAAUCUCCUGAACUUUGUAAGUAAAACAUUAUAUGUGGAUGUGUAAAUAUAGAAAAAAUAUUUACUAUAUGUACUAUAUUUGAUUUGUAAUAUAUUGUUACAAUAGGAAUGAAGAUUUCGGAGAGGACUCUGAUGAACCAUCAACUUCCUCAGCAAUGCCACCAGCUACCACAGCUUCUCGCUUCAGCGGAAUUGGAGAUAGAGGGAGAGGAAGAAGCAGAAGGACAGUGCAAACCAUAGACAGAAGACAAACCAUAGACAGAAGACAAAGCAGAGGAAGAGGACAAAGCAGAGGAAGAGGACAAGGCAGAAGGACUGUGCAAAUCACAGACAGAAGACAAAGCCGAGGAAGAGGACAAAGCAGAGGAAGAGGUGUAUACAGAGGAAGAGGGAGACAGACCCAACCCGUUACUUCCACUGACACUGAUGGACCAAGAUGGCACACCAGUGAUGAACCUGAUGUUUCACCACCUGAUACAGUGUUUAGACCAGCUCGAACCCCUGGCCCUCAGCUCAUAUUGACGGAAAACUAUAGUCCUUUAGAGUUGUUUCAGCUGUUUUUUUCUUCGGAGACUUGCCAGACAAUUAUCCGCAACUCCAAUGCCUAUGCAGCUGAACGUCAGGGUAAUCAGGCAACAAGAGGAACCAGAAAACCAUGGGAGGACAUGUCCCUAAAGGACUUGUACUCCUAUCUGUCACUGGUCAUCUAUAUGGGUCUAGUAAAGCUUCCAAAACUGACAGACUACUGGAAUGGUUCUAGACUUUACAAAAUAGGCUUUCCUUCCACAGUCAUGUCAUCCAGGAAAUUCCAAGCAAUAUCAUCAACACUUCAUCUAAGUGAUCCCAAAGAAGAUGCUGAGAAUUUGACGAAAAAAGGGACCCCUGGCUAUGAUCGACUUGGAAAACUAAAGCCAGUCUAUCACCAGAUUCAAGACGCCUGCAAAACUUACUUCCACCCACAUCAAAACAUCUCAAUAGAUGAGAGGAUGGUCGCGUCCAAAGCCAGGAUAAGUCUAAAGCAGUACCACAAAGAAAAGCCCACAAAAUGGGGUUACAAGUUGUAUGUUUUGGCUGACUCCCACCAUGCAUACACAUGGAAUUUUUUUAUUUAUGAAGGAAAAGCCCCUGAAGGAGAGUGCGAACAAGGCAAGGGACUCAGCUACAAAUCAGUGAUGACGCUGAUUGACAGUGGGGUCUUAGGAACAGGCUAUAAACUAUAUGUGGAUAAUUUCUACACCAGCCCGUCAUUGUUCCAGGACCUCCGUCAAAAGGGCUUCUGGGCCUGUGGAACUAUUCGCAAAAACCGGAUAGGCUUCCCAGCAACCACCAUCAAUAAGCUGCCCAAAAAUUCCCCCCGCGGGAGUAUGCGGUGGAUUCGACAUAACAAUCUUCUGUUUGUUGAAUGGAAGGACAGCAGGGAGGUGCUGAUGUGUUCCUCCUUCCAUUCAGCCAACGGAGAUCAGACCGUACUAAGAAGGGUGAGGACAGCAGAAGGAGGAUGGACAGAACAGAAUGUUUACAUUCCAACUGUGGUGUCUGACUACAACAAAAACAUGGGAGGAGUAGACGCCUCUGAUGCCCUCAUCUGCUAUUAUACAGUGCUACACAAGACCAGAAAGUGGUACCGCUCCCUGUUUUUCCACUUUGUGGAUAUCGCAGUUGUGAAUGCGUUUAUACUCCACCAGAAGCUGGCUGCAUUACACAACCAAAAGCGGAUUACGCAGAGGGAAUUCCGUGAAGCACUGGUUCUGGAGCUUGCAGACUGGAUGCCCCAGAAUGAAAGCUGCUCCAGUUCUGCUUCGUCCACCUCAUCUUCUGUUCCCACAGAAGGACAGUCAGGCCACAUGUGCCACAGGCCAACAUUCACCACUGAACCAGGGUUAGAUGAAAGAAGAAGAUGCCAUGUUUGUCAUCGAAAAACCUCUGUAAAGUGCCCUGCAUGCAAUCUGUUCUUGUGUUUCCUGCUAGCACGAGAGUGUUUCAAUGACUGGCACAAUGAACUAAAUUUGUAAUAAUUGUUAUGGAAAAUUCAAUUGUAAAUAGUUAAUUCAUAUUUAGAAAUUAAAAAAAAAUUGUAAAUAGUUUGUAAAUUGUUGAAAAUUGAAAAGUGUGUUUUCUAAUAGGCUUUUUCUAUGAUGUUUCUAAUAUACAUUUCAAAUAAUUUCUUGUUUUGUUAUAAUGAUUCUGUCCAUUUGUCAUUUCUUAUUGUGUCUAUCUUAUAGGACAAGUAAAAAAAACUUAAAAAAGCAUCUCAGUGUCUGUUGUGGUGUCAAAUGUCAGAUCCAGAAACUAAGUGUUAAAGGAUAGCCCCCUGGUGGUUAUUCUGGUAUAGCAGCUAAAAGAGUCACAGGAACUCCAUUUUUUGUCAUAUCAACAUCAAACUUUGUACAAAUCUUGAUGAGACUUGGGACUUUGACUUUAUAAAAUUUCUAGGCUGAAAUAUAUAUUUUUUUUGUAUUUUUUUUAAUAAAAGAUCAUUAUGACAUUUUUAUAGUUUUUCAUAACAAUAAUCAUAAACUAAAAUAACUUUUCUAAAAAACUUUUUUUUAGUAAUUUCUUUUCAUAAUAGCAAU